AUUCUUCGUUAGGGCGGCAAGUCAGUGGUUGAUUUCGCAAGCUACCUUCGUCGAAUGCAGCCCCCGGUAGAGGUCGACGGCGCGGGUGAGUCUCACCUACCAGCAGUAACAGUCUCUCAUUGACGCGUAUCCCCGCAUAGUCGGAUCAUUAUGUAUGGAAGAUGUUAUCUCUCAUGAGCGAGCACUCGCUUUUGCUCGUUGGACCAUCACCGCGUCCGAUUUGGCCGAAUGGCCGCACGCCACCGUAGACGGCGCCGGCCGCUUGGAGGACGCACACGUCUUCACUGGCUCCUCAAAUGCAGAUAUGCGGUCUCUCAAAUUGAAGCGGCUCACCUUCGCUGAUUCACAAGAUCCAUCCCGAGGUUGCGAAUGUUUUACUUUGUCGGCUGAUGGCAAGCUUUUGGCGGCGUCGUUCCGGAGUAAUGACGUCCUCGUAUGGCGACUAUCCGAAGGUCUACUCGUGCAACGUCUACAUCACCAGGACCAUGAAUACGAGGUUACUGCCCUCUCAGUUUCCCCCGUCGAUUACACUCUUGUCUCUGGAUCUGACGACGGGACGGCUAUUGUGUGGGACACUCGACGUGGCCGCGUUCUUCUACGCCUGGAAGGACACGGUGGACCAGUGAGCAACAUCAUACAUGAUCAUCAUGGUGCGCUCAUCGCCACCGGUUCUGAUGACGACAAGUCCGUGAAGAUUUGGGAUGCCUCCAGUGGAGUAUGCCUACAUUCCUUCGGCAUUGAUGACGAGAUAUACAGGCUCACCUUCCUCCCGGACAACUCGUAUCUCUACGCCGAGCUAAAAACAUCCCAUAAAAUCUAUGACAUCCGCACAUAUACACGUACUAUCACAUUACAGCAUAUCGCCGGGUUCUCGCCGGUGUCUCGCCAGGGUGAUCGCAUAGUCACCGGCGCACAUUGGGAUGCACCUGGACAAGUGAAGAUUUGGAGCGCGGCGACCGGCGAGGAGCUGCUCACGAUUGAUCCUCCGAAGAAGCUCUCGAUACCCGUGGCGUUCUCCUCUGACGGGGCAGAGGUGGUGGCAGCCUGCGACGCGGACACAGCAGUCGUCGCCUACGACUCACGGACAGGCCAACUCCGUCGAAUCUUCAAGCUCGGAGAGCCGGCAUUUUGUGCGGUGUACUCCCCAGAUGGAGAAUACGUCGCCUUCGGUGUCAGGGGUGGUAAGGAUGUCGAACUGUACGAUGCAAAGUCAGGAGCAUUUCUAGCAAAGUUUGAUGGACAGGAAGAAAGUGGGAAUAUCCGGGACAUCCAGUUUCCACCUCACAGCCACACGCUCCUAGCACGAUUCGGGGAUGGACGCUUACUUCUGUAUGAUAUUCAGGAUGUAUUGCGGAUGCGAUAGCAUAGCAUUAGUGUAGCAACGCCUGCGUGGAUCAGUGUACUAUAUGUAGACUGUAGGGAACAUGUAGUGAAUAUACGGCCGCAGGUGGCAUGAAAACACAAACGAGCAA